CAGUAUGGAAAGCGAGAUGAAUAUUGACCCUCCCGGCUUUCCAUAGAGCAGUGUUGCAGCUGUAUGUCAACACGUGGAGCUGGCGGGGUUCAGCUCGCCAGGGUCCGCUCAUAUUUUUAGCAUUUUAGCUCUCCUCCGCCCGGCCGAGGUCCAUUUAAAGCCACUGUGUCGUUUUGGCGCACCUGUACGCGUCAGUGUGCUGUGGAGGCUCUCUGUCUCCGGUGCUGACAUGCCGAGCCAGGGGUCCACAAUGAAAACGUGCGUGGUGUGCCGCACGCAGCUCUACGUCGCGUGCAAAACCUGCAAAACCUGCAAGGCAGAGCAGCCGCACAAACUGAGGCUGAAGAGGAAAAUGGAGAAGUUCGAUCAGAAGCGGGACAGCUGGGUCAGCAGCAACCUGAGAAACCGGACCACCUCGCACAUCCGUGAUCAAGCUCACAUCUUGCUCGAGAAGUUGCAGUCCCUGGGAGUUCGGGCUGUCGUGUUCAUGUCGAAGCCCAGAAAAAAGCCAAACGCCUGGGUAUCCGAGGUUUUAGCGCCUCGUUGCCAGCUGACAGAGACGUCCACGGCAUGUCUCGAUAAAAUGAAGGAGCUAUACGACUUUGUCAUUCAAGGCUGGACCCCACAAGGUGCUGCAGGAAAACCGGAUGAAGCCUUGUCAGCCCCAGCUAGACCACCGAUGGUCCCUCCAGAUCCCCAAGCAGAGGCGUCUCGCCUUCGUCCCUCAGCAGCUCCGACUAGACCAGCGACGGCCCGACGAGCCCGUCAGGCUGCGGCGUCCUCGACCGUACAGCCGGCGCGACCCAGAGCUUGCCAGACCUUUCCACAUUCCCAAGGACUGCCGGCAGCGUCUCCAGUUUCUUCUACAAAAGAAGAAGCUGUGGAUGAAGGCCGUCCGGCUGCCGGCGCCGUGCUUCCUCGGAAAAGGAAAGUGUUGCCUCAGCAGCUCCUGGUGAUUAAAGAGGAGGUUCCCCCUGAGCUGCAGGAGCAGACACCCAGUCAGGACCCGGAGGAGCCCGAGCUCCCACACAUUAAAGAGGAAAAGGAGGAAAAGGAGGAAGUCUGGGCCCAGCUGCAAGACUUCGAUACCACCGAGUUCCCAUUCACUGCUGUCGCUGUGAAGAGUGAAGAUGAGGAGGAGAAAGCUCAACCCUCAUUGCUUCAUCCAAGCCGAAGUGAGGAGAACCGAGAGGCCGAGCCUGUCGCCAGCAGCUCCACUGAACAGAUGGAGACAGAAACUGGCGGAGAGCGAGCAUUUACAGCCAGCUAGUGAUGAGCAGCUCCUCUUCUCUGAACCUGAUGUGACAAAAGAGAGAAACCGUCUUCCUGCUCUGUCACGGACAAAACAGGAGAGAAACUAUCGAGUUGUUCUGUUUGUGGUUUAAAAAAAAAAAAAAAAAAAAACUUUACACAAAGAGGCUCCUUGAAUAGACACGAGAUGCUGCAAAGAGAGAGAAACCACUCAGCUGCUCACACAAAGGACACACAUGAGAGUCCACACAGGAGAGAAACCAUUUAGUUUCUCAGUGUCUGUUAAAUGUUCGGUUCAGCCCUGAUUUGGUGCUUUGGACUUCCUGUACAGAUGUGAUGUGGCUUCAGCCGUUUACACUGUGACGCCAUGAGGACUGGAUCGGAUUUAUCCUGUAAUUUUAUUUUUCUUUCUCAUGUUUACAGACGUUUACAGGCGGAUGACUAGGCUUUGGCCCCCCGCUAAUUUGUUUUUUUUUUGUUUUUUUUUUUUUGAUGGCUGCAGUGACCCCACUCAUUAGUUUGCCCUGCCCCUUAAUGACAUUUGUGAGUUGCGUUAAGUUCAGGAUCACAAAUAUCACAAAAUAAACUGAGUUUGGUUCUAAUAUCUAUUCACUUGAAACGUGAGCAAAUUCACUUGAAUUUAAAAAAAAAAAAAAAAAAAAAAAAAAAAAAA